AGAAAAGAUCUCAUCUCACCAGCGCCUGUUGCCCUAUCUUCAUCUGUUCCGUCUAGGUGGUACGAAAUGGACUACCGACAAUUCAACAGUUCUCAGGAGGCAAACGUUGGAAAUAAACGACAAAAUCAAGAUGAGCAAGCAUACGAAGAGUCACUUAUUGAGGAUUUGGCCGAAGAUUUUCGUUUGCCAAUUAAUCACAAGCCAACAGAGAAUGUUGAUCUGGAUAAUGUGCAACAAGCAACCCUGGAUACAAGGUUGAAUUCUUCAAAUGUUGGGUUUAGACUUCUUCAAAAAUUGGGUUGGAAAGGAAAAGGUCUUGGGAAGGAUGAACAGGGAAUAACUGAGCCUAUAAGAUCUGGGAUAAAAGAUCCAAAAUUAGGGAUUGGAAAACAAGAAGAAGAUGAUUUCUUCACCGCUGAAGAAAAUAUCCAACGUAGGAAACUUGAUAUUGAGGUUGAGGAGACCGAGGAACAUGUGAAGAAGAGAGAAGUGUUAGCAGAACGUGAGCUGAAAAUUCAAACGGAGGUGAAAGAAAUAUGCAAGGUGUUCUAUUGUGAGCUUUGCAACAAGCAGUACAAAUUGGCUAUGGAAUUUGAGGCCCAUCUGAGUUCAUAUGAUCACAACCACAGAAAGCGCUUUCAAGAAAUGCGAGAAAUGCACGGAAGUAGCAGUCGUGAUGAUAGACAAAAGCGGGAGCAGCAACUUCAGGAAAGAGAGAUGGCUAAGUUUGCUCAAAUGGCUGGUGCGUGUAAACAGCAGCAGCAGCAGGAGUUACAGGAGAAAUCUGGGCCCGCCACUGCACCUGCUCCUGGUGCUGCUACUGCACUUGCUGAUCAGGAUCAGCGAAAGACUGUUGGUUUUUCUUCUAAAAGCAGCAGUUCUAAGAAUGCAUCGAGCAGUGCGGCGAAGAAACCAAAAGUACCUGUUGCUUCCCUUUUCGGGAAUGACAGUGAUGAUGAAUAGAAAAACUUUAUCUCCUUGAGGAUGCUUAAGUAAUGAUUUGCAUAAUCCUUGAAGACUGUUUUGACAGUGAUAGCCAAAAUUUUAUGUAUUUGAUGUUUAUUAGACAUUUAUGUGGGAAGUU